UGGGAGACUGUCGCUCGCAUCGGAAAUUCCAUGGGCGCGUCAUACCCAGGGUCCGGCCAAUCGAGACUACGGCUAGUUCCGGGCGCCCAUGGUCGCCGCGUUGGAGCUUCACAUCGCGAGCAACACCAUCGCCCGCCGACCACCCCCAUAUCCGCCCCCAUCAUGGUCAAGUCACUCGUCGGCGCCCUCGCUCUGGCAGCGCUGCCCUCGGCCCUCGCAUUCCGCAACACGUCGCCCUUCUUCCUCUUCUCCACGGCCGACCUCCUCAUCCCCAACAACGACGCCGCCAUCGCCGAGUCAUCCCAGGUCACCGCCGACCUCCUCAAGGCCCUCGAGCACUGCCCUACCAAGUCGUACAUGCUGAUUCAGCACGAUGGAGUCGCCGCCGCCGACUACGCAGACGGACGCGCCAUGCCACAACUGAGCCAGUACAUGUCUGGCCAGCAUUCCGAAGUCAAGUCAACUGUGGCGAUUCCCGAUGUUGUUGGAACUGUCGAUGUCGCAGCUCUCGCCAACCAUCUGCUGCCCAAGUGUGGGCGCGAUGAUGGCUUCAUCUAUCGCGCAACCUUCCCAGUGAGCCCCGGUUCCGAUGCGUUUCGCAUCGAGCAGCUUCAACGCCACGACGCCAAGUUCAACGACGCCCUCGUUGAUUCCAUCAAGUCCCAGGACUACACCUUUAUCUACAUCACAACCCCUCCCACCGAGGCGCAAGCCAAGGAGUCGCUCGAGCACCACACAUACGAGAUGGAGACCUCCUUCCCAGAAUCCGUGCAGAUGGAGCUGAAGCGCGAUCUAUCUUCGCAUGCCAAGCGGGCAAACUCGACUGAGGGCGGCCUUUUCGAGAAGUACCAGUACUUCACACCCGGCAUCUUCAUGGGAUUCGCUGCCAUUAUUCCGAUGUUCCUCAUCCUUCUGGUCGGUAUCCGGGCCCUCACCAGUCUUGAGGUUUCGUACUUCGCCUUCAGCAAGGAGAUGGGCCCCAACGCGCAGAAGAAGCAGUAGGAGGCACCCCGGUGGAUAGAAAACUUGUUAGCGCAAAAUGUAUAUCCUGUAAGUUAGUAGGCAUGAUGGACCGGCGUUUGGAAUUUGGAUCUGUAGCGAAAUACCAACAUUGUGUUACCCAG